AAUAUCCAAAAUUAUCGGAACAGAUAAAACUCUGUAACUGGUGGCCAUUAUAAAAAGCUACCAACUGCAUUUUAAAACAUAAACUUAUAUAGUAGUAAUAUUUAUCCCACAGGAUACAAAUAAGAAGGAGGUAACUUCAGUGCACUACACCGGCCGUGCAGACCACCAGCGUGCAGCAGCUCACAGCAAGACCCACGUGACACUGCAACAACGACCACAAGAUGGCGAGUGCAGCUUAUCAGCAAACGUCGACAGACCAGCCAGGAACCGAGCAGUCCGCUUUUGGAGCUGUAAGUCCCGGCUAUAACAUGGCUUAUCACAAUGUACCCAACAGAAGUGGUGCAGUGAUCACCACACCCCAACAAAUGGGAAUGCAAAUGCUUCACCCAAUGUCGGGUGGCCCUACAGUUGUGGUGACUCAACCCGUGGUGACGGUACCCGAGCCUCAGACUCAGUGUGCUCUCGUCAUGUCCGUGCUCAGCUCCAUCUUCUGUUGUUUCGUGUGCGGCAUCACCGGUAUUCUCGUGUCCUGGAGGGCUCGCAUGUACGUGCUGGACAGUAAGUUCGAGCACGCCCGCCACUCUGUCUCCAUCGUCUGGAUCCUCCUCGCCUUCACCAUCUUCUUCGGCAUCAUCACCUGGGCCAUGGUCGGGGUCUAUAUAGCGGUUGGAACCAGAUCCUUAUUCGGCACUUACUACUGUAACAAUAAUGGAUGCUACUACAGAUACUAGUCUUGUCUGUAACAUGUGACAGCUCAAGUGACAAUUUACUAAGUCAUUUCACUGUAUAUUGCAUGUUACAGUAACAAGAGAUCAUGAGGUUUAACUUAGUAUAUACACAUUUAAAUAAUGUAAAAAAUUUACUACACUAUGGUACUUGUCACAUCAACAUUUUUGUAUUUCUAUCCAGGUGUAAAAAAAAACACGAAUGUGAUUAAUACCUUUUACAAAACUUAUAUUACUUUGUUAAUAUACUUAACUAGUUCUACCAUUGCUUUGUUGUUCCUAAAUAAAGUUCUUAAUCUUAAAAUAUUUUCCUUCUCAGGUUUGUUGUGUUAUUUUAUGUAAAUGAAAGUGAAAACUUUAAAGAUAAUGCGAUAAAGUUCUCGACAAUGUU